AUGCCUCCUUCUGAGAAGAAGUGGGAUGCCAACGCCGAGCGUGACCUCUGCGUCGCAAUAAUCAUGGGUGCUCAGGAUGGUGAGCGCAUGCGCUUCAACUGGCCCAAGGUCCAUGCCUCGAUGGCAACUCUUGGGUAUUCCUUUACUAAGGAUGCAAUCUCUCAGCAUUUCAGCAAGUCCAUCAUGCGCGACUUCAAGGGUCGACAUGGUGAUUCUUCUACCGUUACCCCUACUUCUACACCCAAGAAGACUGCCACUCGCCGCAAGCGAGCUACGCCUGCUAAGAAGAAGAACGAAAUCCUGGACGAGGAAGAUGAUGACGCAGAGACCAUGGUCGAGUCUCCUGUCCCCAAGAAGAUGAAGCACAAGAACGAGGACGAAGACGAGGAUCUCAAGACAUCGGUCAAUGUCCAUGGCAAGCAUGACGGCAGCCUUUCUGCUGCUGAGAAGGAAGCCAAGUUUGAGAACUGGCUUGCCAACGGUGACAGUGCUUAG